UAGCUGUCUACAGUAGUUUGCUAACGUCAUUUAGCAGAAGUUAGCCAGCUCAGUAGCUAACUUUAUCAGCAGACUGCAGCCCAUCUUUUAAACUGUCGGAACAAGUUAAUAAAUUUGUUGCAACACCAUGCAAAUAUUAAACCUCAUUGUUCAAUUUGACGGCGUAAAACAAAUUAUUUGAAAAUGGAAUUGCCAUUUAGCUACGUGUUUUAAAAAAAUAGUUUUCAUACAAUAACUUGGCGCCGUUACACUUGUCACCACAUUGUUACCCCUCUCGUGUGUGCUUCUGGGGAUCCCGAAUUCUCAAGCUUAUGGCUAGAUAGCUAGCAUCUUCUAGUAAACACUGUGCCGCGUGGGUUACCUGGCGAGCAAGCUUAUUGGCUUAGCGGUGUAACGAAUGACAGUUAGGGGAGUUUAAUCGUACUAAAUAAUUACUACAGUGAAUGUUUCACGAGGGAGUGUUUUCGUGUGGGACUGCGUACUGUUAGUAGCACGGAUAUGAUAGGCUACCGUUAAGGCGUAAUGACGUUAACGCCGUUAAAGUUACUGAAACCUUUUUUUGUGAAAGUUUAAAUGUAUGUAUAGCUAGAACCACUAAAAGAGAAGCGCUGGGAUUGGACCAACGUCAGUCAUGCGGAUACCGCUCCGAUGAACCGCUUUUCUGAGCGCUGAUUUGCAUACUCCACCAAUCUUUCCUGUCGCACACAAGGCACCGGAUCUCCGCGGCCUCGCGGCGCAGGUCGGGCGUUAUGAAGAGGAGCCGCCACCCCAGCAGCGAGGACUCCGACGAUGGAAGCAACGGUACGGCCUGGUCCCUGCGCUCAAAGUCCCCCCUCAGAGGGAACGCCUGGAGCCGCUCGGAGGGGAGGAAGCCGUCAGAGGUGUUCCGCACUGACCUCAUCACCGCCAUGAAGCUGCACGACUCGUGCCAGCUGAACCCGGAGGAGUACUACGUGCUGGCGGACCCCUGGAGGCAGGAGUGGGAGAAGGGGGUCCAGGUGCCCGUCAGCCCCCAGUCCAUCCCACAGCCCGCCGUCCGGACCGUGGCGGAGAGGGGGCGGGCCGUCACCUUCACCAAGCCCAAGAAGCUGAUCCGCAUGCCGGGCAGCGAGCCGCCGGUCCUGGGCUACGUGGACAUCUGCACGCUGGCGGACGCCACGUGCCGCUAUGACCUGAGCGAGGGGGACGUGGCCUGGCUGGAGCUGGCCAAUCAGGAGUUCCGCGAGAUGGGGAUGAAGACGCUGGACGAGAUCACCAUGGAGAGGGUCAUGGAGGAGUUUGAGCGCCGUUGCUACGACAACAUGAGCCACGCCAUGGAGACGGAGGAGGGGCUGGGCAUCGAGUACGACGAGGACGUGGUGUGCGACGUCUGCCGCUCGCCCCACGGCGAGGACGGCAACGAGAUGGUCUUCUGCGACAAGUGCGACAUCUGCGUUCAUCAGGCAUGUUACGGGAUAAUGAAAGUUCCAGAAGGCAGCUGGCUGUGCCGGAUCUGUGCCCUGGGCGUGCUGCCCAAGUGCCUGCUCUGCCCCAAGAAGGGCGGAGCCAUGAAGCCGACGCGCAGCGCCACCAAGUGGGUACACGUGAGCUGCGCCUUGUGGAUCCCGGAGGUGAGCAUUGGAAACCCAGAGAAGAUGGAACCCAUAAUGAACAUUUCUCGCAUCCCCAGCAAUCGCUGGGCCCUGCAGUGCUGCUUGUGUAAAGAGAAGACUGGAGCCUGCAUCCAGUGCUCGGCCAAGAACUGCCGGACGGCGUUCCACGUCACCUGCGCACUCCAGCGCAGCCUGGAGAUGAACACCGUCCUCACCGAGACGGACGAGGUCAAGUUCAAGUCCUUCUGCCCCAAACACUCGCGCUGCGCGGACGGCGGGGCAAAGCCUGGCCAGAAGGAGGAGCAGGAGGAGGAGGAGGAGGAGGAGGAGGAGGGGAGCAGGAGGAGGGCGCGGGGUGGCGACAGGGCCGUGGCGGCCCAGGACGGCUCGCCGCGGCGCUCCCUGGCCCCGCCCGCGCCCCCGCCCGCAGUAUCCGGCGUCGGCCUGCAGGAGGCGCCAGAGCUCAGCCAGCGCAAGCUGAAGCUGCAGCAGCUGAACGAUGAGUUCUUCACGCUGGUGCCCGUGGGCGAGGUGUCGCGCCAGCUGCAGCUCCCCGAGGAGACGGUGGACUUCCUGUUCCAGUACUGGAAGCUGAAGAGGAGGGCCAACUUCAACCGGCCCCUGCUCACCCCCCGGAAGGACGAGGAGGACGACCUGGCCAAGCGCGAGCAGGACGUCCUGCUCCGCAGGCUCAAGCUUUUCACACACCUCCGGCAGGACCUGGAGAGGGUGCGGAACCUGACCUACAUGGUGACGAGGCGGGAGAAGAUCAAGCGGUCCAUGUGCCGGGUGCACGAGCAGAUCUUCCACCACCACGUCCGGCUCCUGGAGGAGAAACGGCUGUCCGGAGUGUCCUCUUCGGCCUGCCUGGAGGACGCGCUCUUCUUCAGCUGGGUCUCCUCCCUGGUGUCCAAGCCCAAACGCCCGCAGGCGGAGCGGGCUUCACACAGGCGGGAGUGGAGGAAGGGGGGGGCCCGGACCGAGCCGCCGAAACCCCCCCACGCCGCCGCCGACGUCACCGACGCCAGAGCCCCCGCCAGCUACAGACCGGAGGGCAGGAAGACGACGCCGGCCCCGCCGAAACCCGCCAUUCACAGGGAGGCGGGGCCUAAGGCGGGGGAGGGGCCUGUGACCAGGGCGGGGCCGGAGUGCCUGAGGAGGAGGGGCGGCCCCCGGGGCGAGGAGAGGCGGGACGGUCUCAGGGAGAGGGCCCCGCCCAAGGCCAAACCCCGGCCGAAUACGGCCGCGGCGCCGGCCAAUAAGCUGCCAGAUAAGAGGGCCGUCGUCGGGGCCCUGCUGGCCCCUGGGGUGGGGAACCUGAACCCCUGCGUGUCCCUGGAGAGGCUGCCCAGGUGCAACGGCUCCCUGAGGAGGGUGGGGUGCGGCCCGAACAGCCCUGUGCCCCCCUCCAGCCCGGGCACCUCGCCCGCCUCCAGCACGGGCACCGCGCCCCCCUCCAGCCCGGCCGCCGGGGGGGGUCACGGCAAGAACUGGGGCAGCUUCCGCAUCCCGAAAAAGAGCGUGAGGCUCCUGCGAGCGCACCCGCCGGGCCCCAACGGGACUCCGCCCCCCGCCCCGGGCCACGCCCACACCCGGGCGCCCCACGGGCCUGGCCCCGCCCCCCAGCCCGGCCGCUCGGAGAGGGACGCCAAGGGGAAGAAGUGCCACGCCCAGCCGCCCCGUGGCCACGCCCCCAUCACGCGCCGCUACGGCACGGACUUCCUGCGCCCGGGGAUCCUGGCAUCCUGAGAGGACUUGAACCCCCCCACUGCCAAAAAAAAAAAAAAGACCCAGCCCCUUUUUCACCUUUCAUGUUAUUACUAGAUUUUAAUUUCUUUCAAACACUUUAAAGAUUCCAUCACCAUGCUGACAUAUUUAUUUGUUCCUGGUAUUUUCAAGGGAGGGAGGGCGGGGGUGGGGAUGGGGGGGGUUUGUAUGGUCCUACUUGUUGUUUUCAGGUGCACAGCUUGUGAAGCGUGCUACUCUUUUCAGGAGGAGAGGAUCGGAGGUUUCGCGGUCUCAUUUAUAUGCAAGGAAAUUCCCCUCCCGGAGUUCUGAUAUUCACUGGCAUACUCAGCCUGCAGUAGUGGGUAAAGGAGGCGGAGUUGUAGUUCUGGGUCCUGUGUCAGUCACUGAGCAAAGGAGGCGGGGUUGUAGUUCUGGGUCCUGUGUCAGUCACUGAGUAAAGGAGGCGGGGUUGUAGUUCUGGGUCCUGUGUCAGUCACUGAGCAAAGGAGGCGGGGUUGUAGUUCUGGGGUCCUGUGUCAGUCACUGAGUAAAGGAGGCGGGGUUGUAGUUCUGGGGUCCUGUCAGUCACAGGGCCGUGCAGCACUCAGUGCAGUAGUAUGACUACAUCAUCCAAAGUGCACUAAGCAGACUGCUGCUGGGAGGUUAUUCUGUGCAUGAGCCACAGUGAGGAAUGGUUUCAGCUGUCACUCAAUCCGCACGGCUGCAGAGUCAGGGAAAGCGUUUUCAUGGGAAAGUCCUGUUAAUAUGUGCUCAAAAAAAGAAAUAAAAAUAUUUUCACGAAAAAAUA